AUGACUGAUAAUUAAUCUGUUAAGAGUCAUUAAGAAGAUGACUAAAAUGGUAAAGUAGUACCUAAACCUAAAAUAAAGCAAAAGAAAAAAAGAACAAAGUUAACAUAAGAAUAAAUAGAUGUAUUAAAGCAAGCUUUUGAUCUAUUCGAUACAGAUGGUUCAGGAGCUAUUGAUGAGAAAGAAUUAAAAGAUGCAAUGAAAGCUUUAGGUUUUGAAUCAAAAAAAGAAGAAGUAAAAGCCCUUAUUGAGUAGGUUGAUAAAGAUGGUUCUGGUAUGAUAGAAUUUGAAGAAUUUUUGGUUAUGAUGAAAAAGAAAAUGUUGGAAGAUAAAAAUGUAGAAGAAGAAAUCGAAAAAGCCUUUAACUUUUUUGAUGACAACAACGAGGGUUUUAUAGAUUUAGAUAAAUUAAAGAAGGUAGCUGCUGAUUUAGGUGAAGAAGUUGACGAUAAAAUUUUAAAAGAAAUGAUUUUUGCUGCUGAUUUGGAUGAUGAUUAGAGAGUAUCUAAAGAUGAGUUCAUGAGAGUAAUGCGUAAAAUGAAGCUAAUUUGA